AGAUCCGCCCUUACAAUACAAACCCUAAAACACAAAAUGCACCUAUAAAUAUAAUCUAGGGUUUUGUUUCUUCAAAUCUCUCUAGUUUUCCACAGCCACCACUGCACAGAGAGAGAGAGGUGAGUGAAAAUGCCGGCCGGUCAUGGUCUUCGCUCCCGAACUCGUGAUUUGUUCUCAAGGCCUUUCAGGAAGAAGGGUUACAUCCCAUUGACCACUUAUCUUAGGACCUACAAGAUCGGUGAAUAUGUGGAUAUCAAGGUUAACGGCGCCGUCCACAAGGGUAUGCCUCACAAGUUCUACCAUGGCCGUACCGGUCGUGUAUGGAACGUUACCAAACGCGCCGUCGGCGUAGAGGUUAACAAGCAGGUUGGUAACAGGAUUAUCAAGAAGAGGAUCCAUGUUAGAAUUGAGCAUUUGCAACCUUCGAGGUGUACCGAGGAAUUCCGCCUAAGGAAAAAGAAGAACGAUGAGCUGAAGGCAGAGGCAAAGGCUAAAGGUGAGGUCAUUAGCACAAAGAGGCAGCCAGAAGGACCAAAACCCGGAUUCAAGGUCGAGGGAGCAACAUUGGAAACUGUUACACCCAUUCCAUAUGAUGUUGUUAAUGAUCUCAAGGGUGGUUAUUAGAGCUACAAGUUUUAGGUUUUGUUCAUGCUGUUUGGUUUGUGAUGCAAACUUUUUUGUUGACUGGAUUAGCUUAUUCAUAUGUCUUUUUAAGUACUUGAAGUAUUGAAGAGGUUUUUUUGAUAUAAUGAACUAUGCUUUAUUUCACUUCCUCUUCAGAUAUAUUUAAUGUUCAUCAAAAUAUAUUUCCUAUUAAUUAUCAAUUUUUUGCA